AGAGAGCAGAAGAGACUCGACCUCAGCGUAGUGCCCCCUUUAAAUUGUAGGUAAUUCACACUUUUUUCUUUCUUAAUUGAAUUUUAACCCAAACAAGCUUGAUGUGAGCAAGGGGAAUAAGAUUACUUAUUUUUUCCCUUCUCUCACCUUCACAGUGCACCUAUCCACCAAAUCACCUUUAGUUUUUUUAUAUUUAAUUUUUUCUCUGGUACCUCCUUGGAUACUUCGGCAAAAGCACGGCAUCACUCGGGCACCCUUUUUCGGAAGUCUCACGAAACGGCACCAAGAUUUCUUCUGCAACUUUAACGCACUUGAGGGAAACCCACCCAAACCACAAACGGGGAAAACGACUUUUUCUCUUGUUCAAAGAGGCGUUAAAGUUGCACAAUGAGUCUCAAAAAUGAUUCUGAGCCGAACAACAACGUAUCUAUAGAAGAGGAGGUACGAACACUCUUUGUCAGCGGCCUUCCAGUUGACAUCAAACCUCGUGAGCUCUACCUGCUAUUCAGACCAUUCAAGGGUUAUGAAGGUUCACUGAUUAAAUUGACAUCAAAGCAGCCUGUUGGCUUUGUUACCUUUGACAGCCGGUCUGGCGCUGAAGCGGCAAAAAAUGCAUUAAAUGGGAUUCGCUUUGACCCAGAAAGCCCACAGACCCUGCGGUUAGAGUUCGCUAAAGCCAACACGAAGAUGGCCAAGAGUAAGCUGCUGGCCACACCGAACCCCACAAAUAUCCACCCAGCUCUAGGAGCACACUUCAUUGCACGGGACCCAUAUGACCUGACUGGAGCGGCACUGAUCCCUGCUUCCCCCGAGGCCUGGGCCCCUUACCCACUGUACACCACAGAGCUGACCCCCGGCCUGCCCCACGCUGCCUUCACCUACCCUGCAGCGGCCGCUGCGGCUGCGGCCCUCCACGCCCAGGUGAGGGACCAACCGAUGCGUUGGUACCCUUCUCCAUCUGAAGCUUCCCAGCCAGGAUGGAAAUCCCGUCAGUUUUGUUAAAGUAUUUAAUGCCAUUCAGUACCUGAAGGUUUUUUGUUUGUUUUGUUUUUUCCUCCUAGUGGAGUGAGGUGUACUGAGCUCUACUUUAAUUUAAUCAGGUGUAUUUAAUGGACAACGGUGCAUUAUGGACAUUUUCUUUUCCCUUUGGGGACUUUCUCUGAAGGACUUGGAGCUGAAAACAUCUUGUAGACUAAACUGAAGCUGAGGACGUUCUGGCGAACCAUUACGGUACAUUCCUUGCACCUCAAAACCCUGUGCAAGGAAAGUUCUACAGAAAUGGACAGGUUUUUGCUGAUAAUGAUAUAGCUGCUCUUGAAGAGGUGGGGCUUGGAGGCCUGGGUAAGGGGAGGGGGGAGGGGGUUGAGACAAUCAUUGUGCAUGUUGAAGUAUUUGGCAUGAAUUAGAAUGCAAAGUUCUGUGUAUCCUUGUUUUGUAGUGCUUGCGUUGCCUUGGCAACGGGUCUGGGACUAGUCAAUUGACCCUUUGCUUCCUGUAUCUUAGUCUUGCUUCUGUAAAGAUUUCUGGCUUGGGUUAUUUGACAUUACAUGCAAGGCAGAGGCCCACUUUGUUACUUUGAAGUUUUGCUUUUUUUGUUCAGAAUGGACAGGUUUUAUGCACUGGGUUUCUCAUCAGCGUGACCUCUGCAGUGAAACUGUCCAGGGCGGGGCAAGCAGUUUCAGUGACCCAGCUUCUGCAGACCUUUUGAACGCAUCCUCAACUGACAACCUGGUCUUGCCAAAAUGUCUGUUUAGAGUAUAUUGAACAAAACGAGUACAAGUAUUUUUGUACUUUUGUGUAAUGAAUAUUUAUGCAUUUUUGUGCAAUUAAAUGAGUAAUCUGUAUAAGUUGAUGUUUAGUCUUCCUUUUGUGUUUUUGGUGUUUUGAUAGAUGCUGAUUCUAUCUAUAUCCUGUUUGAAGUAGUUUAAGUGCAAUUUAUUUUUUGCUUGGUGUUAAAUGCUGAACUAUCCUGACAGUGGCUGAACUGCUAGUUUAAAUGGACUGCUGACAUGAGAUUGCUGUAUAAAAAAUUAAAAAAAAAUGUUCUUUCAGAAUGUGAAACUGGAUAAUAAAUAGAUGAACUUAAA